AUAGAGCGCUUGGUUCGCCAAAAGUGGGUUUCAUGUAUAUUUUGAUUACGUUUGAUAUAAUAGAAUAAAAUCAAUGACCCUAGUUGUUAUGCGACAACAUGUCUUCAACAUUCAGCGGUUUCAGUGAAGAAGAUUUGCAGCGAAUCAAAUUAGGCGAAACUGGUUCAAACAGCGGUCCUCGAAUAAAUACAACAAACUUCAAAAGAAUAGAAAAAUUAGGUGCUAAAACCAAGAAGGUUGUGAAUCAAUACAAACUUCCAGUGCUUCAAAAACAAGACUCUGACGAAUCAAUUGACAGCUUCUUCGACAAGUGUAAACUUAGUAUUAAAACUCCCACAUCGCCAUCUGCAACUGAAGAUACUAUAAACAACAAUGAACAAACUACUACAGAAAAUGGAGGUAAUGAAGAAGGCAUUGUUAUUGAACAAAAAGAUGAAGAGAUCGAAACUCCGAAAACAGAACUGGAUAGAAAAAGCAGUAAUACUUCAAUAAGCAGGAAAAGCAGUUCAGACAUAGCCCCUGACAUAGUUAGAUGUGUAGAUAACUAUACAGAGGAUGAACUGGCAGCACAUAGAAUGAAGUUGGAGGAGCUACAGUUGAAGCAAAAGCUUAUGGAAGAACAGAAUAAGAAGAGAAAGGAAAUGCUUUCUAAGGCAUUAGCAGACAGGACAAAACAAACCGCAGAAGAAGUGGUUCGGCUAGAGAAGAUCAAGAAGGAGUUGCAAGUAUUAGAUGGGAAGUUUACGCAAGAUAUCGCUGUUUUAAGAAAGAAAAUUGAUCAUGCUUGCCUUAGCUACUCUGAAUCGGAAAAACACUACUUGAAGGUUGAGAAAGAGUUCCUACAAGCGAAGAUUCAAUUGCAAAAGGAAAAGGAGAAGAAAGAGCUCUUAACAGAGCACCUUUGUGCUUUAAUCACACACAACGAGGCGCGAAAGGCUAAGAAAUUAGAGACUUUGAUGUUAGAACUCGCCAGUGACAAUAAAACUGAGAUUAAUAAUACUGAAAAUGUUAAUCGCGAUGAUGUAUGGAAUACGGAUGACGAAGAAAAGCCAGUUGAUGGAGUUGACCAGAAGAUUGGUAAAACGGUUGACUUUACUGAAUCAUGAGUUGAUAUUUAUACUACUAGAUAUUCUAUGAACAAUGAAACAGUUUAAACAGACGUAAAACUAUUAUCAUGCGAAGUAAACAAAAUGCCAAAUUAAAAAUCAUCGAAAGUAACUAAUUCCAAAACUAACAAUAAUGCCCUCUACUGUAAGUAUGUGCCUUAUAACUUGUACCUACGAUUUUAACAGGAUAGCUAUAACAUAAAAGUAAGAUUUAAUUUUAAGACAUUUAUUAUGCAAAUGUUAUAAUGAGUCAUGCCGCACGACAAUUAAAAGUAGUAAAUAUUCAUUUCGGUCAGUUUUUUUACUUAGGGU